CUUUUGCGCCUGCGCACUGUGCGCAAAACAUCUCUUCGGCUGACGAAGGGUCGAAGAGAGACAUCGCUUAUGCAAAUCUUUGGCAUCGAAACAAGAUAAAUCACGCCAAACAUACUGGCAGGAAUCAUGGGGAGUGUGUUCCUGCCAGCAAAUUCAGCCCACUCGGUGCUGAGGCGGCUGCGGAGGGCCAACUUCCUGCUAGAGGAGAUGAAACUUGGGAACAUUCAGAGAGAAUGCCGUGAGGAGGUGUGCACCUACGAGGAGGCCCGAGAAGCUUUCGAGAACGAUGAGAAGACGAAGCGAUUCUGGGAGGAAUAUGUUCGGGAAAGCAGUCCACCAGGUGGUUUGGACUCCAUGGUCGGCGGGGCUCAAUCUCUCUACCUGAUCGUGCCGCUGCUGCUGAUCGGGCUCAUCGUCAUCGCCGUCGCCAUCAUUGCCUGGCGUUGCCACUCCCGCAAGCGCUCGCAGCGCAGCCCAGGCCUGGGGCACUCGCAUCAUAACCACGUCCUGUCUGUGGUCUCCAUGGACCAGUGGGGGAGGGAUUACCAUCAUGGUGACCAAUCAGAACUCAGCAUCCACAGCAGCCCGGCCUAUCCAGGUUCUGAGAUCACGUUGGGGAGAGGAAAUGCAGGCGAUCCGCCGCCGUCAUACGAAGAGGCUGUGGGCCACACAGAUGUCCAGAUAGAGACAGAGCCGCCUCCUCAGUAUGAAGAUAUAGUGAACUCCAGCUCCGGUAGAAUCAGCAGUGGUCAAAGGAAGUGAAAACGUCUCAAACUAAAGCCCUGACCUACGUGAAGACCAUGUUAUUGUUUAGCAGUGUUUCUACUGUGGUAUCACCAGCCUUCAACAUUCAACACGCAGCAAGCACACACAUUUCAGUGGACUGAUGCAAACUUUCCCGGUGCCAGUUCUGUUGAAAUUUGCACAAACCUUUUCAUCAUCAAGGUGAAGUAAUGCAUAAGGGAUUACGUGAUACUGUAAUGCCAAAACCAAACAACACCUCGUGAAGGAUAAAAGGGUUUUAUUUCUAUAAUUCAGACCAGCGUAUAUGAGGGUUGGAUUGAUGCUUCUUGGAGGAUCAGUGCCAAACUAUCGAGACUUAUGUAGGCAAAAGUACAUUAUUUCAACCUUUCUUUUCCUUAAUAUCUAGAUAUCUGUUUUUUGUCCAAACACAUAUAGAGUCAGACAUGUUUGUGGACUUUAGACAGGUCUUGGACUUGGAUUAGGUGAUCUUGGCUGAUAAUCCCUGGUAAAGAUGUGUAAAAAGCUUUAAACUAAAUGCUCGUUUCAUUCCAGCACAAUAACCUAGCAUUGGAAGAUUGAGAAAAAGUUAACCUUUAAUUUGAUUACAUUUAUUCAGUGUAAAAAAAAGUUGUUAAGAGAUAAUAAUUGUUAUCAUAGCCACUGAUCAUUGGUACCUUUUGUGCCAGUAUAAAUCACAAACAUCAAGUAAAACACAUGUAUAAAAAACACAAGGAAAUUACCUAAAUACAAUUUUGAAAAUGUGCUAAUUUUUAAAAGAGAUACCAGUGUCCAAAUAUAGUAGGCUUAGGAAUAGAGCCCCUCAGGGACCUGCCAGGGAAGUAGGAAGAUAAGCCAUGUAAUGUUCUUACAGUGAAAAGGAGGAACUUGGUGUGAACUUUGAAAUUGAUGGCAAGCCAGUUUAACUGGUAAAACUGUUGAGGUGAGAGCUGUAUUUAAAAAUUGGUUGAUGGGGUAAUAAUCUUCUCUCACAUACACAGUUGGAGCACACAGAGGGAGAAAUGUGAAACAGACCCACAGAUUCCCAGACCGUCCACCGUUAGGAACGGUGUGUAAAAGAAUUUGUGUAAAAGCUCUCAUGUGCUUUUACGCACAUUCAUUCUCCGCUUUAUUCCAAACCUAUUUUUCUUUUUGGUUUUUUUGCCCAAAAAACUUAAUCUCAGUCUUAUCUGAUUAAAUUCCUGGUAAAAUCCCCAAAUCAACUAGCAAUAGACACACAGUUACAUAAGACGGGGAAAUUCCGAUGUCAGUAAGAGGUCCAGUUUUAGGUUUUGUAAUGUCUUUGAUGACUUAGUACCAACAGCAGUUUGUAUGACAGGAACGGCAUCACUCUCAACCAGUUUACAUGUAAAUAGACUCUAAUAAGUGUUAUGGAGACUGACAACCCUAAUGUGUCCCUCUUUGCUCCACUUAUCUGACUGUAAAUUUUACAGAGAAGAUAUGGGUUUCCGUUAAGCUUAGUUGCCAGUUACAAAAGGAAAUGGGUCUCUGUGUCAAAUAAUGUUUUUAUCCCAGAGGAAUAGGUGUAGGUUACCAAUUAGGACCUCCUCACUUAACAUACAAUUUAAAUAAAUGCUUCACUUACAUUUUUUUAUUGAUAUUAGUAUGGGUAAAUGUUUUUUCUCUGCUAAAUGCUUUGAUUUAAUUGUUAGAUUCAGCUAAAUAUUUCAGUGUUAGAUUCUGCUACUGCAUUAACUAGCAAUAAUUAUUGUAUGGCUUUUUACACAACUUUGCCAGGGAUGCUUAGAAAUGUUUCUAUUUGUGUUUUAAGGGAAUGACAGCAAAAGGCAAACGUUUUUCUACCUUUUAACUUCUGAAACUCUUCUGGUGGCAGAAAGGUGGCUUUUCUGCUUGAACUGACUGGAAAUGAAAGGUAGCCCGUCACAUUUUAUUAUAGAUAAUUAUAGACCCUAAUACAAAGAAGAAGUUAACACUUCAAAAUACUUUACACAGAACUAUCAGAUUUCUCGCUCUAGUGUAGGUUGCAAUGGUUUGUUUUUCCAGCAAAUGCACUAAUCCAACCUUUGAGAAUAUGUUGAAGACUGGAGCAUAAAAUGGAGGAUGUAAAGUGGGAAUCACAUCACUUGUAAUCUUGGUAAUGCAUGAACUUGGCCUUUUCAGGUCAGAACUAUCUCUGCCCUGUUUGUUGACAGUCAGAGCUCACUAACCCUCAUGAACCUGUGGGUUUCUGCUCUGAGGCAGAAAUAUGGGCAAAACGAAAAAAAGAGAUUCUGGAGCUGUUGGGAAAUUAAAUGUAAGAAAUGAGUUUGUAUUAAGUGUCACUAUAACUAAACUCCACUUUUAGCAUGUGUAAUCACCUCUACAUACUGUAUAUGUAUAUAGAAUAUGUCUGAAAGUUAACUAUAAUUGAUUUUUGUUUUUAUGCAUAGGAGUUCAUUAAAUGCGUUGAUACUAAUGUGAUUGUACCACAGUAGGUUGUGAGGCUAACAGGAAGUGUCUAUGGUUAACAGGAAGUGUUUAAUGAAAGGAAGGAAUAUUCGGUUGAAGAUUUCAUUCAACGAGCCGAUGUUACUCUAGGUGCUUCUGAUCUAUAUGCAAUAUUUCCUAAACGAUAAGCACUCUAAAAACCAAAUGUACCUGUCUAACCUUAAUUGGCAAAAAUAAAUGUCGCUGACCUUUCCACACUGCACACACCUUGAGCACAAAAUAUUGUUAUACUUGUAUGUGAGUCGACCUGUAAACCUCAGCAUUUGCUCUGAUACUGGACUGUGCUGGUAGUCACUUUGGUUACAUAAAUUAGUGUACCAAUACUUCCACAGAGCCGUUUUUUUACAACGCCUUACUAAACAAAAUGUUAUAUAACAUUAAACACAAGGGAAGUUGUUAUAAAUUCUUGUCUCGUGAAAAGCUUGAUAUUAAUUUUUAAUAAAAAAGAAAGAUUAAGA